CAUGUUAUAACUUCUGCUGCAGUCCGUCCAAGUUUUCCGAAGCAGCUGCUUUGAGAUCUGUGAUUUAUCCUCCGAGAGAGCAAGUAGAAAUAUUUCUACGACCGCUUUAAACUCUGCGACAGAAUGAACGCAGCCAGCUUGGCGGUCGCAGUGCGGAGUGGGUGCUCGCAGACCUUCAGGCGACCUCAGCCGGUGCUGCCUGUUUACUCUGCAAUGGUGCAGUGCUGCCUGAUGUCCACACAGCCCGUCCCUGCAGCCCGACUGCCCUACAGAGUGAAGUUGUCUGCUGGGAAACGCUACGCCUGGUGUGCUUGUGGACACAGCAAGAAACAGCCUUUCUGUGACGGAGCUCACAGGACAGAAGCGCCCAGCAUCUCUCCUCUACGCUUCACCCCUGACAAAGACAGGACGGUCAUGCUUUGUGCCUGUAAGCAAACCAAAAACGCACCGUACUGCGAUGGCUCCCACUUUAAGGUCAUCUUCCAAGAUUUAGUAAAGUCAGUGAAAGGCGUCUUUAAAUGAGCAGAACUCAUCAAGAUGGAGCAGCAACUGCAGUAGAAGUUAACAGGAAGUAAACUAGUUUCCAUAGAAUCAUGUUAUUCAGUAAAGUAUCAGGGUAAAACUCAAUAAAGUAUUUGGCAUGAAACUCUGGAAACAUCCUCACAUAACAUUCUUAUAUAAUAUCUUUACAGAAUUGCUCUUUAUAUAUGAUAUAUGAACAUUGUUUAAUCAUGAGUUAUCAUUUUUAAUCCAUGGAGGAAAUUCAUUCAUGGAGGAAUGUGUAUUUUUUUCUAUUGUGAGCUCAUAACUUUAAUAAUGUUUUUGUACUGGUUUCAUAUUAUUACUAGUUAUCAUACUGUUGUGUUCUCAGGUAUUGUUUGAUAUGUGUUAGUAUGUUCUUUCCAGUAUGGGGGUGUCCCAUAGUUCUGAUAUAUAUAUGAGGGUGAAUGGGCUAUACAGUGGUGAUCAAAAUUAGACAGAAACAAUUUAUGAAAUCUUUUCAGAAAUAAUCUAAUCUUCAUUGCUCAAAAUUUGAAGGAAUCUUUGUCGUGGCUAUACCACACUACUAGAACAGAUUCUCCCCAUUAUUCUGUCCUCUUGCAUUUGUCUUUCGUGGACGGCCAGCCUUCUUGGGGGGCUUGAAUGAGAUGUAAAGAUCCAGUAUUCUAGAAAUCACAGAUUUGGAACGACCAACUUCUCUUGCUAUGGCUGAAAGGGUCAUCCAUUUGGCCUUCGUCUGGACAAGCUGCUGUCGGAGGGUUUCAAUCACUUUCGAACAGCUCACCAUCUUGCAAAGUCAGUGAAAACUAGAAAGUUAGGCUGCCAGUUAAAUAGGGUUUGUCAGAUAAUUUUGAUCUGUUCUUUUUCAGAUAUCUAAUUAAAGGUUUUUAUUCUGUG